ACAAGACUUUUUUUAAUCUCAGUGCAAAGAGAACAAAGUGCGGAUGCGCAUCUUUGUUCUCCUACUGAUUUGGCAUUUGCGUCUUGAAAUCCGUUGAGUUAAGUUGGUUGAAUCAUUGAAACCAUGAUAGGCUUGAUGUUAGUGACCACUGGGGUACUCCAGGACUUAAUGACGAGGUCUAUCAACGUCCUGCUGAGGUCAGUCACAGCGUCAGCACUGAAUGUCAGGCCUGAGACUUCUGCAAACAAGACAGACAAACGGAGUGGCUCUGGCGCAGCUACCGACUCCAACAGUGGCCCCGCCGUCUUCGCAGACUCCAACGGUGGCCCUAAUGUCCUUGCCGACUCCAACAUACCAGGACCAGACAGAAACCCGGACUUCAUCCCUCCGAAGUUUCUUCCUAGCACCACUCUUGUUAGCUGAACGCUGUGCAUCCCGGCCGUCUGUAGGUGGUGCGAAGGUUUCCUUCUUCCUAGCACCACUCUUGUUAGUUGAACGCUGUGCAUCCCGGCCGUCUGUAGGUGACGCGAAGGUUACCUUCUUCCUAGCACCACUCUUGUUAGUUGAACGCUGUGCAUCCUAGUCGUCAGUAGGUGGUGCGAAGGUUACCUUCUUCCUAGCACCACUCUUAAUAUUUGAACGCUGUGCAUCCCAGCCUUCUGUAGGUGGUGGGAAGGUUUCCUUCUUAUUAGCACCACUCUUGUUAGUUGAACGCUGUGCAUCCAGGCCGUCUGUAGGUGGUUCGAAGGUUACCUUCUUCCUAGCACCACUCUUGUUAGUUGAACGCUGUGCAUCCCGGUUGUCUGUAGACGGUGCGAAGGUUUCCUUCUUCCUAGCACCACUCUUGUUAGUUGAACGCUGUGCAUCCCGGUCGUCUGUAGGUGGUUCGAAGGUUACCUUCUUCCUAGCACCACUCUUGUUAGUUGAACGCUGUGCAUCCCGGUCGUCUGUAGGUGGUUCGAAGGUUACCUUCUUCCUAGCACCACUCUUGUUAGUUGUACGCUGUGCAUCCUGGUCGUCUGUAGACGGUGCGAAGGUUUCCUUCUUCCUAGCACCACUCUUGUUAGUUGAACGCUGUGCAUCCAGGCCGUCUGUAGGUGGUUCGAAGGUUACCUUCUUCCUAGCACCACUCUUGUUAGUUGAACGCUGUGCAUCCCGGUUGUCUGUAGACGGUGCGAAGGUUUCCUUCUUCCUAGCACCACUCUUGUUAGUUGAACGCUGUGCAUCCCGGUUGUCUGUAGACGGUGCGAAGGUUUCCUUCUUCCUAGCACCACUCUUGUUAGUUGAACGCUGUGCAUCCUAGUCGUCAGUAGGUGGUGCGAAGGUUACCUUCUUCCUAGCACCACUCUUGUUAGUUGAACGCUGUGCAUCCAGGCCGUCUGUACACGGUGCGAAGGUUUCCUUCUUCCAAGCACCACUCUUGUUAGUUGAACGCUGUGCAUCCCGGUCGUCCGUAGGUGGUUCGAAGGUUACCUUCUUCCUAGCACCACUCUUGUUAGUUGAACGCUGUGCAUCCAGGCCGUCUGUACACGGUGCGAAGGUUUCCUUCUUCCUAGCACCACUCUUGUUAGUUGAACGCUGUGCAUCCUGAACAUUUGUAGGUGGUGCGAAGGUUUCCUUCUUCCUAGCACCACUCUUGUUAGUUGAACGCUGUGCAUCCUAGUCGUCUGUAGGUGGUGCGAAGGUUUCCUUCUUAUUAGCACCACUCUUGUUAGUUGAACACUGUGCAUCCUAGUCGUCUGUAGGUGGUGCGAAGGUUUCCUUCUUAUUAGCACCACUCUUGUUAGUUGAACGCUGUGCAUCCUAGUCGUCUGUAGGUGGUGCGAAGGUUUCCUUCUUAUUAGCACCACUCUUGUUAGUUGAACACUGUGCAUCCUGGUCGUCUGUAGUAGGUGCCGGUGUAGACAGAGGAGAACUUUGACGGGGACAACAUCUACCGGUGAUGCGGCCUUUCCGGCCCUCCGGGCUUGUGGGUCGUCUGCAACGACAGCAGGGCCACUGUUGAAGUCGGCAAAGACGCCCGGGCCGCUGUUGGAGUUGGCAUCGACACCAGGGCCACUGUCAGAGUCUGCAAAGACGGCACUCCAGUCGUGACGUCAAAACGCACGACUUGUAAUGGUGUACAAGAUUACCAACGGUCUUGUGGCCAUCCCGCCUACUCGCAUCACACCAGCACACAUGAGCACCAGAGCCAACCACUCUCACAAAUACCCAACCUCAAGAUGCAGGUGUGACACAGCAAAAUAUGCCUACUACGCCAGGACAAUUCCUGAAUGGAACAACCUCUCCCCCCACAUUGUCGACAGCCCCUCACUGGACACUUUCAAGAACAGGUUGCUGUCAUCGCAUACGUAGUCCAGCCGCUGCGCCUCCUCCAUCCGCGUGAUAUUCCUAUAGGAAGUUUGCGGAUUACGAACUAGAACUAGAAGGGCUACUGUAAUUCGAGUCUGCAAAGACAGCAGGGCCACUGUUGGAGUCUGCAACGACGGCAAUGUCAAUAUGCUUUCUAAAAAAAGGUGAAAAUGUGUUCACUUUUCCUGACUUGUAGGACAUCUCAUAGCUAAAGAGAAAUAAUGUUUAAAUAUUUUGCAAACUUUUUUUUUUCUUACAGGGCGACCUCCACCGGUCGACCUGUCCUGUUAAAGUUCUCCUCUGUCUACCCCUGCACCGUCUACAUACGGCCGGGAUGCACAGCGUUCAACUAACAAGAGUGGUGCUAGGAAGAGGGAAACCUUCGCACCACCUACAGACGGCCGGGAUACACAGCGUUCAACUAACAAGAGUGGUGCUAGGAAGAAGGUAACCUUCGCACCGUCUACAGACGACCAGGAUACACAGCGUUUAACUAACAAGAGUGGUGCUAGGAAGAAGGAAACCUACGCACCACCUACAGACGGCCGGGAUGCACAGCGUUCAACUAACAAGAGUGGUGCAAGGAAGAAGGAAACCUUCGCACCGUCUACAGACGACAUGGAUGCACAGCGUUCAACUAACAAGAGUGGUGCUAGGAAGAAGGAAACCUUCGCACCACCUACAGACGGCCGAGAUACACAGCGUUCAACUAACAAGAGUGGUGCUAGGAAGAAGGAAACCUUCGCACCGUCUACAGACGACCAGGAUGCACAGCGUACAACUAACAAGAGUGGUGCUAGGAAGAAGGAAACCUUCGCACCGCCUACAGACAACCGGGAUGCACAGCGCUCAACUAACAAGAGUGGUGCUAGGAAGAAGGAAACCUUCGCGUCACCUACAGACGGCCGGGAUGCACAGCGCUCAACUAACAAGAGUGGUGCUAGGAAGCAGGAAACCUUCGCACCGUCUACAGACGACCGUGAUGGACAGCGUUCAACUAACAAGAGUGGUGCUAGGAAGAAGGUUACCUUCGCACCGUCUACAGACGGCCUGGAUGCACAGCGUUCAACUAACAAGAGUGGUGCUAGGAAGAAGGUAACCUUCGCACCACCUACAGACGGCCGGGAUGCACAGCGUUCAACUAACAAGAGUGGUGCUAGGAAGAAGGAGGCAUUUGCACCGUCUACAGACGGUUAAGAUGCACAGCGUUUAACUCACAAGAGUGGUGCUAGGAAGAAAGUAACCUUCGCACCAUCUACAGAUGACCGUGAUGGACAGCGUUCAACUAAAAAGAGUUGUGCUAGGAAGAAGGUAACUGGCGGCUCAGCCGGGGUACAAAUCUGAAGGUGAAGGAAGCGCAGAAAGUGGGAAAGAUGAGAAGAGGAGGCAGGAGGCAGGUGCCGGCGAAGUCUCGGGAGGCGGCAAAGUCUCACGAGAAGACAAAGCAUCACGAGAAAAGGGCGGCUAAAAGGGCUCGUUUGGAGAGCAGAAGGUAGCAGAGAGUGCUGACAUGUACGCAGUGGCGAGCUUGCUGACCGCUUUUCUAAACGCACGGAUUCGCACCAGGGCGUCUCCAGCUAUGAACACACUCACGCCGAAUAUUGUAUUCCGCGCGGCGAUCAGUGAUGAGUAGACUCUCAGAACAGAUGGGUCAGUUUUGAGUGUAAAAUUGGCUCCUUUUGUAUCUGAGAGAGGUGAUGUUAUCAAGGACUUGAAGUUCUUUAUGUCAUAUUAUAUAGUAUAUAUACUGCUGUGCGAACAGACCCGCCAGUUUUACUUCUAAAACACGUCCCUUUUGUAUCUGACAGAGGGGAUAUCAUGAAGGACAUGAUACAUGUAUAUCAAAUGCUGAUAUCGAUAUAUAUUGAGCGUACUGGUCAGUUUUGCGUCUAAAACACGCUCCUUUCGUACCUAAAAGAUCCAAUGUUCUUGAAUGUGUAUAUAUAUGAUGUGUAUUAAACGUAUUUGUUUUUGUAUACUGUUUGAUUCCAUGUAUCAAGUUGGGAACUACAGAUAGAAUGGUAUUUUCUGCUGCGUAAAUUCCAUAUAGUAUCACAUCUAUUGAGUGGAACUUCCGGGUUUGAUAUCUCGCAGAAUUUUGUGGCUAUAAUUUUCGAGUGGUAAACAGCUCUUAAGGUCGGGAGUUAGUGGUAUAGCGCUGGGAUCCCUAUCGACUUGUUUUGGAACUACAGGGGCCGUUUAGUGCGUGCCCUGUUCUCGAUAUAUGAGUGUUUAAGCGCUUACCCUAACCCUAACCAUAGCGAUUAGCGUUAGGGUUAGGGAUAGGGCAAGAAUGUCUUUAAGGUGGCCAAACUUGGUAUGAUUAGAAAGGUCUAUUGAUGGGUACUUGUAAUCUAAAAACCGUUUCAAAAUUGCGUGCUUUGUUCUCGAGAUAUGAGUGCUAGCCCUAACCGUAACCCUAACCCUAUCGAUUUGGGUUAUGGUUAGGUUAGGUUAGGGCAAGAGUGUCUUCAAGGCGGCGACACUUGGUAUGACUAGAAAGGUCUAUUGGUGGGUACUGGUAAUCGGAGAACCGUUUUAGGAAAACAAUUUGAGACAAUCAAUCGCCGAAAUCAAGUUUGUAAUGACAAAUAUUGAGAUUGAGUUUUUCUGCCUUAGCCCACAGAAAGUAAAUUCUAUGGAUGACAUCCCCUGCAGACUUAUGCGAUAGGGCGAAAAAAAACAAGAUGGGUAAAAAAAUACAAGAUGGGUAAAUUUUAAAAAUUGAACCCAUAAACGUCGUUACAAUAAUUUAAGUGACAAAACAUGGUAGCAUAGACUACAUACAAAUCACUCAUUCCUGAAAGAAGUGAACUAUAGUGUUGUAAACGUGGCACUAGACUGGUAUCACUUACCAAGUUGGCAACUGCACUCAUGACUUCCAUAGUGAUGCCACUUUUACAACUAUCCAACUAUAGCUUCACUUCAAUAACUACAGUCACUGCUACCUCGCUAGUGUCAUUUUUACAAGUACAAUCAGUACACACAACACCUUUUUCCCAUUUUGAUACUUUCUUGUCACGUUGACCAUCUCCGAAGAUGAAAAAAAAAUCUUUUUUUUUUCUGAAAUCAGGCGAAAAUUAAUGAGCGCGUGGAUGUCAUCCAUAAAAUUUACUUGUUGCGGCCUAAUGGUUAAGUGUAACAUCAGACAGUUUUAUACAAUUUUGUGUUGAAAAAGGAAAGGCAGCCGGAUGAAGAAAGCGUUGUAAAGAUCUGCCCACAAUAUACUUUUCCCAGCACGUAUACACAAUAGAAGGUUUUCACGGAUGCUAAAGAAAUUGCAUUAUGCAUGCAGGUAUAGUCUACUAGUUCGCAAACAUAACCCCGCGUCUGGAAACGAAGAAUUUGGGCAAGUCCAUUUUCACUGUACUCAUUCUUCUUGUAUCUAAAAUCUAUCUAUAACCCGUUUUCAUUGUCUAUAUACCUUCAAUUCUUACAAAAAAUCAUUCACUUAAACCCUGUUACAUUUUUCGUAACGCUUUAUUGCAAUUAAAAUGUGCCUAUUUUUCAGAGUACAAUGAUCAGUACCUUUAUACGUACGUGUGCAUGUAUAGUAAAUAAGUAUGUGCGUCAAAGCAAGACAUAAUAUUAUUCUCUUCUUCUUCUUCUCUCCCAGCACUGUGUUCUAGUUUUGCCGCUGAGGUCAGCUCUAUCCUUCAGACGAACCGUUUGCAGAAACGUAACCUAGAUCAAGUCGUACCAAGAGACCACAGACAUAUACUGUAUGAAAGGUAUGGCACGUGCGUAUGCAGGUGAGGCAACUGAGGAGGCUUUUACUAUGGAAUCUGAAGAAGGCACCGAUCUUUAUAUUCCUGGUGGAUGGGAUGGACAUGAGCACGACAAUGACAAUAAAAACCACGCUAAUCAAAUGUACGGGCAAAGUGUUGAAAACCCUUGCAACAAGUCAAAGUGCUGUCGGUUGACAUGCUCUGCUGAAAAUGCCAUGGACUCCAAUCAUAUGUAUGGGGAAAACCAUGGAAACACUGAUUCCAUCGAAACACCAUGGAAACACCAUCUUAAGUGCACACAAGACGCCUCGGCUGAAAACAUCCUGGACUCCAAUCCUUGCUACAAGUCAACGUGCUGUCGGAUGACAUGCCCUGCUGAAAAUGCCCUGGACUUCAAUCGUAUGUAUGGGAAAGAACAUGGAAACACUGAUUACCUGAAGGCUUCACAAUUACUAUCACAAGACGCAUCAGCUGAAAACAUCCUGGACUCCAACCCUAUAUAUGGCAAUUCCUCCAUUCAGCCACCUGCUGAUGACGAUUUGUUCACCAAACCAUAUGUUGAGGAUACCCUGCAAUAUACUGGUGAUAGUUUCUCCAUCCAACCAGAUGCCGAUAGCCAUCCUGACAUCCAACCCUAUGCUGUUAGAAAUCAGGAAGAUGAUGAUAAUGGCAAUGGUAGCCAGAUGCCAGCAACAUAUGGUACUGCUGCUAACAAGAAUAUGCAAACAGCAUCUAAAAAAUCUGAUGUCGACGGCGAAGACAUCCAACCAAAUGCUGAAAGGUACCAGAUAGAUGAAGAUGAUGCAACGUCUAGAGAUUCGACAACAGAAAACGGACCGAAUACAGGAUGGAGAUGUCGCCUACCGUGGGUUGCUGGGAUGAUAACCGCUAUUCUGGUGCUGAUAUCCCUGGGUAUCUUAGUUGGAGUGUUGUUGCACACAGGCACAUCAAAGCAGACACGAGCAGCAAACAGUACCCGCACCCCUGUUCAUCAUGUGAACAGUUCUGCCGGAUCCACGACUGCCGAUCGUAUGGUUGUUUACACAAUACCGUCUCCUGAUUACCCUUUUCUGGACACCACACCCACUCUGCCAACAGCCUCUGACUGGUCAGAACCACAAGUCGCAGAAAACUAUGAAAAAGAGCUCGGGAAGAUCACCUUUGGAGGUUAUGGAACAGAAACCGGCAAGUUUAGAAGUAACUUCGGAGUGGCCGUGUCUAAUGAGAAUGAAAUAUUCGUGACGGACUGGUACAACCAGCGUAUUCAAGUCUUUGGUAUGGAUGGAGACCUCCGUCGCAUCUUUCCAACUAACGUAGCGGAGGACGACACUGCGAAAAUACUGCCUACGGAUGUUACGUUGGACGGAAAUGGCUUUCUGUGGGCAGUUGGACAGAAAGAACCUUUAACAACUGAGGCGAGUGUAGUGCAGUAUAGAAAGGACGGACUACCAGUGACCAAGUUCGACAUCACCUUGAAGAGUUCGCAGGCUAGAGCCAAGAUUGCCGUGGACAUUAGCAAUGGUAACAUCAUCGUAGGGGAGAACAAUGAGAUAAUGAUAUUUCAACCAAAUGGCUCACUUUUUAUAAGAUUUUCCGAGAGAAUCCUAAAAAUUGGUGGCAUCGCAUUGGACGGCAAAGGAAACAUCCUUGUCACUGACUCUUUAUCCAAUAUAAUUGUGUACAAUCAGACCGGAUACAGCAUGUUGAAGAUCAGAACCUAUGAAUAUGGAAAAAGAGAGAACUUUAUCCCCUGUGGUAUAUGUAUGGACACCAAAGGCAAAGGACAUAUUCUCGUGGCGGACUGCAAAAAUGGUGGGGUGGAGAUGUUCACUGUCCGCGGGGAGUUCGUACGUACCAUCGUGAAAGAGACCUUGCCUAACGCGAAGAGUCCCGUUGCCAUUGCUUUGGGACCGGGGGGACAGUUGGUGGUGACGAUUAAAGACACGGUAGCCGUAUUUUCAAGUCAGGUGUUGAAGCCGUAAAUAUGGGAAAUAUUUCCAUUCACAUUACAAAAUAAAGUAUGGGUGAAAAAUGGAAUUUUCAUCAAGCAGUGACUACUUAUUAAGUUAACACACUGGCUAUCAGUCCAUCAUGUUCACGGAGUGACCCAGUUCUCGCGAGAGUUGCGAGAACUUGGUCAAAACUUACGUGGAUCUACUCCCCCCCCCCAACCCUGCUUCCUUACGGAGUAGGGGUAAGUAGUUCUCGCGACUCUCGCGAGAACUGGGUCACUCAGUGAGCAAGAUGGACUGAUAGACCAUUGAAAGUUUGGAGGUACCUGUGUUUACCUAAUAAUUAGUCACUGCUAGAUGAAAAUUCUAUUAACUGUGUACAUACCUGACUAAUAAAUCUCUUUAAAGUAUUGAUGACAUUUGUGAACAUCGUGCUGGCCACGUUUCGUACGUUACUAUACUGCCUUUUACCGAAUUUUGGCGUCAAUGAACGUUUCCUAAAAUUUCUGUCAUUACCAUUGUAAUUGUAAAUAAGACAUAUCAUCACACUGUUGAAUGAUAGAGAUGUAAGUGUCCAAGUAGAAUUCAGCAUAUCCAACUUGGGCCGCAACCGUCAAACUUUGCUGCCGUAAAAACAGUGACAUACUGUUCACGUGAUAUUGUAAAUACUAUUGAAUCAACGAAUCAGUGCACAUGUUACCUGGGGUGUUGGCUACGAUUAAUAGUGGACGUACCGAACGAUUUGCAGGAAGUAAGCCAAUAUUGAAACCCUCAAACCACCGUAUUGGGUCAAAACUGAUGUGCUUUUGUGACAUCUCUGGUCGAAAACAAUUCUUUUUUAUAUAAGUCUAAAAACUUCUCGAACGUUUUACCGGGAUUAGCUCAUUGUUGAUUAAGUUAUCCUAGAAAGUUUAUGCAAGGUCCAGUGGGGUCAAAACUGACUCCAACAAAAUGUGCAUUUUUUUAAAACAAUAUUUUGUGACACACAAAAAUCUAACCGUUUCGGAUGAUACAAUGAAGUACAUGGCGUUCCAAAGUGCUACAUAGCCUAACAGGCAUUCGGAAUCGCGAACUUGGUUCUAGAUUCGCAACCAACAUCUGCAUUACCCAGUCGGUAUAAUCAUGUUCGAUGUGCCAUCUGAGUCUUACAGUGUCUCCGCAUGACUCACUGAGUUCCCGAGUGCAACUACCGGCAAGAUUUAUCUAAAAAUACAAGCCAAUUCACGACGUAGUGUUUAUCUAAAAGGUAAACCUGAUGACUUUUCAAAACAUCGUCGUGAAAAUCACCACAGCAUGAACGGUUAUGUAUUCAUAUGGAAAAAUAAUGAAAAAAAUACCAGAGAUACACAAAACCAUGUAGAACACCAGGUUGGUAGACCAAGUCGGCUAGCCCGCCUAUCUUGGUGUGUUCUGACCUCUCUGUUCACGAACAAAGCAUCAAGUUUCAUGUCAUUCGCAUCUAAGGUUUCCCGUUUCAAUCAUGGCUCGAAAUACAGCUAAAGUGUUUUAAUACGUCUUGCAUGCAUAGAUUUGACACGACAUGAAACAUAAUACAGAUUAC